UACGGGUGGGCAGAGAAGCUCGGGGCACCCCGGGAGCCCACCGCGCCCGCCCCGCUGGAGCCCCGGGAGCACGGCCGGUCCAGGAGGACAUUUGUGAAGUCAGUGCAUUUUUGACUCAAUGGGGCUGAAUUGGUUGUAAAGUGAUUGAUUGGUUUUACAAGCAGGAUUUAUGAACAUCUGUUUCUCCAUUGAAUGAAGUUUUAGGCUAUCUAUAAGGCUCACAGCCAGGCAAGCACUAUUCCUAAUAUAUACAUGUUACAAAAUGUCCUAUGCUUGAGAUCUACAGACAACAUGUCCUACAGGAACUAAUCAGUGGUCUUUCAUCUCCUGGAGAUACAUUAGAAGCAUAAAUAUGGUGCCAAAGGAACUCCUUAUCUUUCUCUGACUACAGUUUAUUUGGACUUAAUUUUGUAUUUGAAGAGAGGCGUACAAACUGAGGUUACUCAUUGUGCAAAGACUCUGUUGUAUAGGAUCAUGGACCAUCCUGGUAGGGAAAAGGAUGAAAGACAACGAACAACUAAACCCAUGGCACAAAGGAGUGCACAUUGCUCCCGAUCUUCUGGCACGUCAUCAUCCUCUGGGGUUCUCAUGGUGGGACCCAACUUCAGGGUUGGCAAGAAGAUAGGGUGUGGUAACUUCGGAGAGCUCAGAUUAGGUAAAAAUCUCUACACCAAUGAAUAUGUAGCAAUCAAACUGGAACCAAUAAAAUCACGUGCUCCACAGCUUCAUUUAGAGUACAGGUUUUAUAAACAGCUUGGCAGUUCAGGUGAAGGUCUCCCACAGGUAUACUACUUUGGGCCGUGUGGGAAAUAUAAUGCCAUGGUGCUGGAGCUCCUUGGCCCUAGCUUGGAGGAUUUGUUUGAUCUCUGUGACCGAACAUUUACUUUGAAGACAGUGUUAAUGAUUGCUAUUCAAUUGCUUUCUCGAAUGGAAUAUGUACACUCAAAGAAUCUCAUUUACCGAGAUGUCAAGCCAGAGAAUUUCCUGAUCGGCCGACAAGGCAAUAAGAAAGAACAUGUUAUACAUAUUAUAGACUUUGGACUGGCCAAGGAAUACAUUGAUCCUGAAACCAAAAAACACAUACCUUAUAGGGAGCACAAAAGUUUAACUGGAACUGCAAGAUAUAUGUCUAUCAACACACAUCUUGGCAAAGAGCAAAGCCGGCGUGAUGAUUUGGAAGCCCUAGGCCAUAUGUUCAUGUAUUUCCUCCGAGGCAGCCUACCCUGGCAAGGACUCAAGGCCGAUACAUUAAAAGAGAGAUAUCAAAAAAUCGGUGACACCAAAAGGAAUACUCCCAUUGAAGCACUCUGUGAGAACUUUCCAGAGGAGAUGGCAACCUACCUUCGGUAUGUUAGGCGAUUAGACUUCUUUGAAAAACCUGAUUAUGAGUAUUUACGGACCCUCUUCACAGACCUUUUUGAAAGAAAAGGCUACACCUUUGACUAUGCCUACGAUUGGGUCGGGAGACCUAUUCCUACUCCAGUAGGGUCAGUUCAUGUAGAUUCUGGUGCAUCUGCAAUAACUCGAGAAAGCCACACACACAGGGAUCGGCCAUCACAGCAACAGCCUCUUCGAAAUCAGACUGCAUCGUCAGAGCGCCGAGGAGAGUGGGAAAUCCAGCCCAGCCGGCAGACCAAUACCUCAUACCUGACGUCUCACUUGGCUGCAGACCGCCAUGGGGGAUCAGUGCAGGUGGUUAGUUCAACCAAUGGAGAGCUGAACGUGGAUGACCCCGCUGGAGACCAUUCGAAUGCACCAAUCACAGCUCAUGCUGAGGUGGAGGUAGUGGAGGAAGCUAAGUGCUGCUGUUUCUUUAAGAGGAAAAGGAAGAAGACUGCUCAGCGCCACAAGUGACCAGUGCCUCCCAAGAGUCCUCAGGCCCUGGGGACUCUGACUUGAUUGCACCUGCAGCUCCUGCCAUUUCUCAUUGGAAAAGACUCCUUUGUGGGGGAGGAUAGAGAUCCAAACCAAAAAGAAGAAAACAGAUGCCCCCAGAAGGAGCCAGUGUGGGCAGCCAAGGCCCAGUGGAUCAGUGGCCAUCCCAAACCUGUCUGACGCUCUGAGCAGGUCCCAGAGCUGCUGCUCUUACACUGCUUGCCCAUGGGGCUGCUUGGUCAACUCUCCUUCCCAUUGUUUACAGUGAAGGUGUCAUUCACAAAAACUCAAGGACUACUGUUCUCUUCCCACCUCUUCUUUUCUCCUGGUUCUUGUUCUACCCUGCACCCUCUCCAGGAUCAAAGCUAAUGAGCAGAAGGCCUUGUCUAAGGAAAGGGGCUCAAGAGGUUGGGGGUAUUGCCAAGGAGGUAGGAGGAAGAUGGUAGACCCGGGCUGGAGGAGAACCUUCUCCGGUGCCUAGGUGUGUCUGGCAGUUUGGCUUCCUUUCCCUCUGCGCCUGGGCAGCCGCUAGCCCAGUGGCCAGGUUCCUUCUUCCUUCCCUCCUGCAAAAUUACACUGUAGGACACAAGCUGUGAGAAAUCUGCAGUCUACUGUCCCUGUGUGUUGGCGUUCUUAGCUCUUUGGACAAAUUCCUUUCUCCAGGCAGUAGUAGGACAUGCAAAUUGCUCUGAGCAAAGGAAAGAAAACGGACUUUUUUGCACUUUUAGUUUUUUUUUGUUUUGGUUUUUUAAAAAAAAGAAAAAAGAAAAAAAAACCACGGCAGAUGCAUAUUGUGUCUGGUUCUAUUGGGGGUUUUAUUUUUUUCAGUUGUGAGGGAACAGGCCAGCCAAGCCAUUCAGAGAGAACCUGGGUCCAGAGGACAGACUCAAUGGAAAGUUCGACUUGCAGCCCCCGGAAGAGAAGAAGCCAAACUCUGUCACACUGAGUAAAUACUCAGGUUGACAAGGAAACAUACUUGAAUUUUCAUUCAUCUUCUCAGCUGCUGAAGAAAGUCCCCACCAGAGCCUCUUGACCUAAUGAGCCUGCAGUUUGUAAGCCCAGCUCUCCUGCAUGUGAAGUGAGCAGCCCAGCCAAACUGACCAGGAGACAGCCCGUCCCAGAGAGCAGAUGCUUAACAACAAGAAAACAACACAAAUGUCUUUUUCCUUCACUGCCAGGGACUUCCUACUAGAUAGCCAUGUUGACUUUCUGGUGACAAAAUUACUGAUUAAACAGCCACUACCACAUUGCCACUAGUGGACAAAAAGAGUGAACCUGCCUUCCAGCUAACUGCCAGAGAAGCCUUGGGGUACAGCAUCAUAUGUCCAGGAAAAGAAAAUUGGUAAUACCCUGGCUGCCUCAAUACUGAGCUGUAGCAUUCAGGCUGGCCUGCCUUAUCAGAAACAAUGCAUACAAAGAUGUCCAACCAGGUCUGUAACUGCAGGUUAGAACUUGGCACAUAUGGCUGCCAGUGACCAGGAGGGUAGGAUUGGUUGGUGCUGGAAAA